UAGGAGCCAAGAUAAAGUGAGCCUCAAUAAGUAGCUAUAUAUCCAGAUUAGAUAUACAUAUAUGGCGUCUCAAACAAAUCCGUGCUUAAUUGAUCAUGCCAUUCCCCUGACUCGACGCAGUUUUCCAAAUGGUUUUGUGUUUGGUACAGCAUCAUCAGCUUACCAGUACGAAGGAGCAGCAAGCCAAGGUGGCAGAGGACCAAGUAUAUGGGAUACUUUCUCACAAAGAUACCCUGGUAAGAUAGCGGAUGGUACUAAUGGAAACGAGGCAGCUGAUUCUUACCAUCAGUACAAGGAGGAUGUGAAGAUCAUGAAGAAAAUUGGUCUAGAUGCUUAUCGAUUCUCAAUCUCAUGGUCUAGAGUAUUGCCAACUGGAAGGCUAACUGGGGGUGUGAACAAGGAAGGAAUCGACUACUAUAAUAAUCUCAUAGAUGAGCUCCUAGCUAAUGAUAUAAAGCCCUAUGUCACCAUAUUUCACUGGGAUGUUCCUCAAGCCUUAGAAGACGAGUAUGGGGGCUUCUUAAGUGGUCGAAUUAUAUUUGAUUUUUGUAAUUUUGUGGAGCUUUGUUUUUGGGAAUUUGGUGAUCGAGUGAAGCAUUGGAUCACGUUAAACGAGCCAUCAAUGUUCUGUAUUGGUGGAUAUGUCAAUGGUACCUUCGCACCAGGUCGAGGCGCUUCUUCACCCGAGCCUGUAAAGAGUCUCCAUUCAUUUUUACGUGAUGCUCCCCAUCAUCACGAAAGUUGUUCCGAUGGAGAUCCAGGAAGAGAACCAUAUAUUGUGGCACAUAAUCUGAUUCUUGCUCAUGCAACCGCUGUACAUUUGUAUAGGGAAAAAUUUCAGGCAAGUCAAAAGGGUAUGAUUGGCAUUACACUUACUUCACCUUGGUAUGAGCCUCUUUGCGAAACUAGUAAGGAGGACCAAGACGCUGCAAAUCGUGCUCUUGAUUUCAUGCUUGGAUGGUUUUUAAGACCCUUGACAAGUGGUAGCUAUCCAGAAACCAUGAUAUGUAAUGUUCGAGGCCGUCUUCCACACUUUAAUGAAGACGAAAAGGAGUUGGUAAAAGGGUCAUUUGAUUUCGUUGGAUUAAAUUACUAUACUGCCACUUAUGCAACUCAACCUGUUGUGCCGCCACCACCUCCACAUCAUCGUGGAAAGUUGAGUUAUGCCACAGAUUCUCAUGUUGAGCUUACAACUGAGAGGAAUGGAAUUCCCAUUGGUCCACUGGCUGGUUCAAGUUGGCUCUAUAUUUAUCCGAAAGGGAUUAAACAGCUUUUGAAACACGUAAAGGAAAAUUAUGGUGAUCCAGCCAUUUAUAUCACGGAGAACGGGGUGAGUGAGAUAAAUGAUUACAAACUAACGAUUCUGGAAGCUCGUGAUGACAAGAUUAGAAGAGAUUAUCAUGAUAGUCAUCUUCAUUUCGUUCGAGACGCAAUUAACGUGGGUGUGAAUGUGAAAGGAUAUUUUGUAUGGACCUUACUAGAUGUUUUGGAAUGGAAUGUGGGUCACACUGUUCAUUUUGGUUUGAUCCAUGUAGAUUACAAGAAUCGGUUGGAAAGAUAUCCAAAAAGCUCAGCAAUAUGGUUCAAGAAUCUUCUCAUAAAAGGUGGUGGUGAAAAGUCUGUUAAGGACAAUGGUCCUAAAGAUUCCACAAAAACUCUCAAGUAGAAGAAGGUAUUAGGUGUGCCCCGCACAUUAUGAAUUAGGCUCAUCCAAAUUAUACAUGUUGCACACGCGUGAAUGCGUGUUAUAUAUAUACAAUUCAGAUGAACUGCUGCAUCAUGCACAUGGCGCACCCAAUAUUUAUUCAUACUUGAGAAUUAUCUACUUACUUCUUCUCCUUA